AUGUUUUGGGCUGCUUUCUCUAGCCUACCACGUCGAUCAGGCCUAAUUCCACUCUUCGGAGAUCCUACAUCUAGAAGAGGGGGUGUUUCUUCACGUACCAUCGAAGAGUUAUAUCGGCGUAUCUUACCUACGCUACUUAAUAGCAUUGAUCGUAAUGCUAUUUUUCAGCAAGAUAACGCGCCCGUUCAUACUGCAUAUAUCCUUGAAUGCGAGAUUAUGGAGUGGCCCCCCUACUCGCCUGAUUUAAAUCCAAUUGAAAACCUAUGGUCGCUACUAAAAGCCGAAAUUUUGAAGCGUCAUCCUGAGCUUAUGCACCUGCCAAAUAACGAAUCUACAAAAGAUCUUUUACUGGAAACUGCGCAGGAAGCAUGGGAAGGCCUAGAUAUUGAGAUAUUUAAGCACCUAUCAGAGACUAUGCCUCAUAGGGUGGCUGAUGUUAUUAAAUAUGGAGGGUGGCAUACUAGCUAUUAA